GAGGAGCGCGUCGGGAUUUGUUGAACUGUGGAAGUGUAACCAGCAUCUUUAAAAUGACUAGAAUGGAGCACUUGAAUUCCUUUUUUAUCGAGCGGUUAAUGUCAGUCGCUGCAGAGAUAUUUGAAGCCGUUCAAGACACAGUCUCGGAGUAUCAGGUGGAGAUAGAGCGAACUAAGCGAGAGAACCGCCGCCUGAGGGAGAUUCUGACCGAGAUCAACAGUAACAGUAGUGCCAGCAGCGAGCAGCGAACACCGAGUUCAGCAGAUGUACAGCUCAGUCAUGCUGAUGGAGCUCCACUUCAGCAGAACUCCAACCAAGGACCAUUAGACUCCGAUCCCUCAGUACUACAGCUAAAGCUGGAGGUUGCUACUAUGAAGCAAGAAGGUGAUCAGUCAAGUCAUGCAGUUCCGCAGGAGCUACCAAACUUCAGCCAAGAAUCACUGGACUCAAAGUCUUCAUUUAUACAAGUAAAGGUGGAGCUUUCCACCAUGCAUCAGGAUGCUGAACCACAGGGGCCACUAAACAAUCCAACCUCAUCCUCUUCUCCCUCAGCAGAGACUGCGAAUACCAAAGACCCACUACAUAAUUGCUUAGGAGUGACCAUAAAGGAAGAAAAAGCUGAUGAUGGCCCACAUAACACAGGAUCCACAAUCGAAUUGGAGCCACUGGACUCCCAAGUCAUCUUCUUUGAUGAUGCACCAUCUUUGAUGCAAAGAGAAAAUAUUACUAAGAAUCACUGGGAAGGCUUAAGAGAUGAUCAAGGUAACCAUCCUUCCCGAUGCAAGACAUUAUGUGAUCAUUUUUCUCAAGCUGAAGCUCGUGUUCAGAGCCAGACUGCUGAAGAUUUUUUUGGCUGCAAGCAUUGUGGAAAGCCUUUUAGAAGUCAUAGACAGCUGAAACAACAUCAGGUCGUGCAUCAGAAAAACAGACCGAGACCAUAUCGCUGUGACCUGUGUGGGAAGAGCUACAGUUAUGCACAAGUACUUGAAAACCACCGUAGAACUCAUACAGGAGAGAGACCAUACAACUGUAGGUUUUGUGGGAGAUGUUUCAAACAGAGAGGUCACCUGAAUGACCAUGAGAGAAUUCACACUGGCGAAAGACCUUUUAGCUGUUCAGUUUGUGGGAAGCGGUUCAUUCAGUCAAGUCAAGUGAAGAAACAUGUUCGUAACCAUCAUCAGGCUAAGUAACAAUAAACAUAACAAGCAGUAAGA